AUGAGCCGCUUUGAGAGUGACGUGGGGAAAGUGAACAAUGCAGAAUUCAAACCUGUAACCGAUAAGAUGGCAGCCAGGGAAGCGACUGGGCACAGCUACCUGGUGGCUUGCUGGCAGCCCAUCCUGCUCCUGAUGCUGGGCUCCGUCCUGUGCCCCGCCUCCUCCACCGGAUGCCCUUCCCGCUGCGAGUGCAACCUCCAGGAGCGCUCAGUUUUGUGCCACCGCAAGAAGCUCAUGACUGUCCCCGAAGGCAUCCCGGCCGAGACCAAACUCCUGGAUCUGAGCAAGAACCGGAUCCGAACCAUAAACCCGGAUGAGUUUGCCAACUUCAACAACCUCGAGCAGCUGGAGUUGAGCGAAAACACCAUCUCCACCAUCGAACCCGGGGCUUUUAACAACUUGUACGGUUUGCGGACAUUGGGGCUUCGUAGCAACAAGCUGAAGCUGAUUCAACUUGGCGUGUUCACCGGGCUGAGCAACCUCACCCAACUGGACAUAAGCGAGAACAAGAUCGUGAUCCUGCUGGACUACAUGUUUCAGGAUUUGUACAACCUGCGAUCCUUGGAAGUCGGUGAUAACGACCUUGUUUUUAUCUCCCAUCGCGCCUUCCACGGUUUAAGCAGCUUGGAGCAUCUGAGCCUGGAAAAGUGCAACUUGUCGUCCGUCCCCACCGAGGCUUUCACCCACCUCCACAGUCUGGUCACCCUUCGCUUGCGUCACUUAAACAUCAACAUUAUCCGGGAUUAUUCCUUCAAGAGGCUGUAUCGGCUCAAAGUUUUGGAAAUAGCCAACUGGCCCUAUUUGGAUACGAUGACUCCGAAUUGUUUGCAUGGAUUAAACCUCACGUCUUUGACCAUCGCCAACGCAAACCUGACCACUAUUCCAUACGUGGCUUUGCGUCACUUGGUCUAUUUGCGAUUCCUCAACCUUUCUUACAACCCCAUCCACACCAUCGAAGGAAAUAAGCUGCACGACCUUCUUCGCUUGCAGGAGUUACAUUUGGUCGGAGGACGGCUGGCCAUGAUCGAACCCUAUUCGUUCCGUGGCUUGAACUACCUGAAGAUUUUAAAUGUUUCUGGAAAUUCCCUCAGCACUUUGGAGGAGUCUGCGUUCCAUUCGGUGGGGAACCUGGAGACCUUAGCCUUGUACGACAACCCGUUAGCGUGCGAUUGCCGUCUCCUCUGGGUUUUCCGCAGACGCUGGAGGCUCAAUUUCAAUCGCCAACAACCUACUUGCGCCUCACCUGAAUUUGUCCAAGGAAAAGAGUUCAAGGACUUCCCAGACGUGUUGCAGCCAAACUACUUUACGUGCCGCAAGUCAAGAAUCCGAGAUCGCAAACCUCAGCAGAAAUUUGUCGACGAGGGAGCUAUUGUCCACUUUGCAUGCCAGGCGGACGGCGACCCAGCUCCAGCUAUCAUGUGGCUGUCCCCUCAGAAGAAGUUCAUCACAACCAAAACCAUCGGCCGGAUUUCAGUGCUGCCUGAUGGUACGCUCGAAGUACGCUACGCCCAAAUCCAGGACAAUGGUACUUAUGCGUGCAUAGCUAGCAACGCAGGCGGGAACGACACAUCUCUCGCCCACUUGCACAUCCACAGUUACUCUCCUGACUGGCCUCACCAACCCAACAAAACCUUUGCAUUCAUCUCCAACCAGCCAGCUGACACCGGUGCUAACGAAACCAGACAGAAUGUCCCGUUUCCCUUCGACAUAAAGACGUUGAUCAUCGCGACCACCAUGGGGUUCAUAUCGUUCCUGGGCGUGGUCUUGUUUUGCCUGGUGUUGCUGUUUCUCUGGAGCAGGGGUAAAGGCAACACCAAGCACAAUAUUGAAAUCGAGUACGUGCCGCGGAAAUCGGACGCUGGAAUGAGCAGCACUACGGCGGAUGCUCCUCGCAAGUUCAACAUGAAAAUGAUUUAA